AUGACUAUAGGAUUGAAGAAGUGGGCAGUUAGUCUCUGCGUCAGAGCUCUACUUUUCCCUAUCGUCGCAGCUGUGAAGAUAACAUCGAGAAUGACUGGAUCCUGUGGGAAAAAGGCUCUCCGCGAAGAGAUCGAGGAUGGCGUUUUAAAACUGAGCCGACUCAUUCACUCGUCGCUGCGACCGCUGCCUACCCAAACUGGGGAUGGGACUUAUGUCGACGAAACACCGCCUGAACCAAGUUUAAUCGAUGACCUAAAUCAAGUGGACAUCAAGGACCUAGAGACGCUGGCUGAUGUCAUUCGAAAUGCUGCCACAGGAGCGCCUGUCAAUGAUAAAGAUUAUAUCAUGGAGAGAGUCAUCCGGCUCGCUUCUUCGUUACCCUCCAGGUCGCCAAAUGCGGAUAGGCUGAGCAACGCUCUUCUCUCCCUUCUCUGGAACGAUCUAAAACAUCCCCCGUUGUCAUAUCUCGGUGAACAGUAUGUUUACCGACAGGCAGAUGGUUCCCACAAUAACAUCCUUUGGCCACAAAUUGGCAUUGCAGGUUCUUCAUAUGCAAGGACUGUACCAUCGAAGUCGGUCCAACCAGCAGUGCUCCCAGAUCCGGGGACCCUUUUCGAUAAUUUAUUCCGCACUGACCGCGAUGAUUAUACACGCUCCCUUACUUCCUCGUACCUUGAUCUUGCCCCGCUUUAUGGCAGUAACCAGGAAGAACAGAAUACAGUGCGAACCUUCAAAGAUGGGAAGUUGAAGCCAGACUGCUUUUCCGAGAAGAGGAUCUUAGGGUUCCCACCCGGUGUUGGCGUGCUCCUCAUCAUGUUCAACCGUUUCCAUAAUUAUGUGGUUGAAAAUCUUGCCCUGAUCAACCAAGAUAAUCGUUUUCCGAAGCCAGCUGAGGCUAGUGGGAAAGCAUAUGCUAAAUAUGAUAACGACCUUUUCCAAACUGGCCGACUUAUCACCUGUGGCUUGUACAUAAACAUCAUUUUGAAAGAUUAUGUGCGGACCAUUCUCAAUAUCAAUCGGACGGAUAGUGAUUGGAGUCUCGACCCUCGUUCUGAAUCCAUGAGAGGUCUUUUUGGUACGGCGAUCGACGAAGCAGGUGGCAAUCAAGUUUCCGCGGAAUUCAAUUUGGUAUAUCGGUGGCAUUCCUGCGUUUCGGAGCGCGAUGACAAAUGGACUCAAAAUGCCUAUAGGGAGCUAUUCGGUGACGGCAUGGACCCAAACAAAAUAUCCCUAUCCGAUUUUCUGCGGGUUCUCGGUAAAUGGGAAGCUGGACUUUCCAAGGAUCCUCUAAAGCGACCAUUUGCCAAACUUGCCCGUGGAUCAAACGGCUUAUUUAACGAUGACGACUUAGCCAACAUUCUCACAGAAAGCAUUGAAGAUUGUGCCGGCCCAUUUGGAACUUCACAAAUCCCUGCUGUCUUCAGAGCCGUGGAAAUUCUUGGCAUCAACCAAGCACGCUCAUGGAGACUUUCGAGCCUCAACGAGUUCCGAAAACAUUUCAAUCUCAAACCUCAUGAAACUUUUGAAGACAUCAACCCUGAUCCAUAUAUUGCUGACCAACUGAAGCACUUGUACGACCAUCCAGACAAUGUCGAACUCUAUCCUGGGCUCAUUGUCGAAGAAGCUAAAGAAUCCUUGGUGCCGGGAAGUGGGCUGUGUGCUAAUUUUACCAUAUCUCGGGCAAUCCUUUCGGAUGCUGUUGCCUUGGUGCGAGGUGACCGCUUCUAUACUGUGGAUCAAACUCCGAAGAAUUUAACAAACUGGGGUUUUAAUGAAGCCAGCUACGAUAAUACAGUUGACAAAGGUCACGUAUUCUACAAAUUGUUCCUCCGGGCAUUUCCCAGCCACUUCAAGCCGAAUUCAAUCUAUGCCCAUUUCCCUUUGGUGGUCCCCGACGAAAACCGAGAAAUUCUUACACAGUUGAAUUUCGCCAGGAAAUACUCGUGGGACAAGCCGGCGAGGAUUCCCCAUCCAACCAUGAUCGAAUCGUAUGCUGCAUGCGACGCGAUUAUCAAGAACCAAAAAGAUUUUAAAGUUACAUGGGGGGAGGCCAUUGAAUUUUUGAUGCAUAAGGAAUGUAAUUCGUUUGGCAGAGAUUUCAUGCUUUCUGGUGAUGAGCCACCCAAUGCGGCAUCCAGGCAGAUGAUGGGAAGAGCAUUGUAUCACGGUGAAUGGGAGGCGGAGGUUAAAAAGUUCUAUGAGCAGAUUACGCUCAAACUGCUACACGAAAAAUCAUACAAAAUUGCCGGAGUCAACCAAGUGGAUAUUGUGCGAGAUGUCGCAAACAUUGCCCAGGUACAUUUUGCAGUGGCCGUUUUUUCGCUUCCACUUAAGACUGGCGAUAACCCACGCGGCAUAUACACCGAAUCUGAGCUCUAUAUGAUCAUGGCGCUAGUCUUCACUUGCAUCUUUUUUGAUGCCGACCCUGCCAAAAGUUUCCCUCUACGCCAGGCAGCUCGGAAGGUGACGCAACAGCUUGGAGAUAUUGUCCUGCUAAAUGUGCAGCUGAUCAAGCAAACUGGGUUCCUCAGCAACAUGGUUGAACGAUUGUAUGGAAACAAUAUGCUGACGGAGUAUGGGGUCCAUAUGAUUCGCCGUUUACUGGAUUCGGGACUGCCCCCUGAGCAGAUUGUCUGGACACACAUGCUUCCGACAGCCGGCGGCAUGGUAGCGAAUCAAGCACAAUUAUUUUCUCAAUGUCUCGAUUACUAUUUAUCAGAGGAAGGAUCUAUCCAUUUACCCGAGAUUCAUCGAUUGUCGAAGUUGGGAACUGCCGAAGCUGAUGAGCUCCUUUUGAAAUAUUUUCUAGAGGGAUCCAGGCUUCGAGCAACGGUGGGCGUGUACAGGGAAGUUGUCACCCAGUCAACAAUCAAAGACGGUGUAAAAACACUGAAGUUAAAACCAGGAGACCGUGUUGCUUGUAACCUCGUCAAAGCGUCUAUGGACCCGAAGAAGUUCCCUGAACCCGAUAAAGUUGACUUGACGCGGGAUCUUGAUUCAUACAUCCAUUUCGGACAGGGCCCUCACAAAUGUUUGGGCUUUGGGAUUUGCAACGCAGCACUAUCGACAAUGCUCAAAACGGUGGGAAAGCUGGAAAAUCUGCGACGAGCACCGGGUCCUCAAGGCGAGCUCAGGAGGAUCCCUGGCCCUGGUGGCAUUAGCAAGUAUUUGGUUGCGGACUAUACUAGCUACUUUCCAUUCCCAACAACGAUGAAGGUGCAGUGGGAUGGGGAGCUACCUCCAUGUGCAGAUUAA